AUGCUGGAUUCUAUCUCCGACAUCAAAGUGUUCGCUCUGAGCGCUUCGGUGCUUUACAUCAAGUUCCUCCUCUCGACCAUGAUCCAAGGUCGCAAGGCCUUCGCCGCUAACACGCGCUUACCCGAGGACAAGACCCUCGUGUGCAGCAUGGGGAUCAAUGUCGACAAGGACGAGAAAGCCGUCAAAGCUGCCGUGGAGGACGAGAUGCGAUGGAAACGGAUCAUCCAGAACGACCUCGAGUCCAUGCCGCUCGCCUUUGUGGUUUUCUGGAGUGCUAUCGCCGUGGGCGUCAGCCCCGCCAUCACCAAGACGCUUCUGUUGGCCUACACCGUCGCUCGUGCCAGUCAUACAGCUGUCUACUCGCUGGUCAUGCCGCGUGCUCGCAUGGUCUGCUGGAUGGCCGGCAGCUUCUGUAUCGUCGUCGCAGCACUUAACUGCGUGGCGGUAGCUCUCAUGUACCUUUUCCUUAAUACAGUAGUACCGGUAUUUGAGUCAUUAUUCUGA